GAAAGAAAAAAAAGAUAGGAGGAUAACAAAAACUCACAAUCCACACAUAGUUGAAAGUGAAACCCCACAGACUUGGCAGAGGAGCUCAACUCACACAUCCCCUGUUUCUCCUCCCUCUGCAAGAAGAAGCUCCUGGCAAUGGGGUUUGUCUCAUUCCUCUCUACUCUCCCUUUGAUUCCAGCGGCUUCUUCUUCAGCCACUGCGCCCAUUCUCCCUCCUGGUACAAUUCGUUGUAAAUUUCAAGAAAAUGUGGCCAUUGAGGAGCAUGGCUUUCGUCGAAGAGAUGUUGUUCAGGGCCUUGGGCUUGCCAUGGGAAUGGAAUUAUUAACAAGCUCAAGCUCAUACGUUGAAGCAGCUAAUGCUGCUGAUCUGAUACAGCGUGGACAGCGUUCAGAUUUUCAGUCAAAAAUUAAGACAACCCUCUAUACAUCUAUAAAGGCGAAUCCGGAUCUUGUUCCCUCCAUAUUGACUUUGGCACUUAAUGACAUUAUGACGUUUGACAAGGCUACAAAAACUGGGGGUCCAAAUGGAUCGAUACGCUUCAGCUCAGAAAUUAACAGACCAGAAAAUAAGGGCCUUUCUGGUGCUCUGGGUUUAUUGGAGGAAGCAAAAAAGGAAAUUGAUUCAUACUCCAAGGGUGGACCCAUCUCAUAUUCAGAUCUCAUUCAACUUGGAGCACAAAGCGCCAUGAAAUCUAGCUUUCUGGCUUCUGCUAUAAGAAAGUGUGGCGGGAAUGAAGAAAAAGGGACCACAUUAUACGGUGCAUUUGGUUCAAGUGGCCAGUGGGGACUUUUUGAUAGAAAUUUCGGGAGGUUGGAUACCCAAGAGCCAGAUCCUGAAGGAAGAGUUCCCGAAUGGGAGAAAGCAAGUGUUCAAGAAAUGAAAGAUAAAUUCUCUGCCAUUGGCUUUACUCCCCGCCAGCUAGCAGUGAUGUCUGCAUUUUUGGGUCCCGAUCAAAUAGCAACUGAGGCAUUACUUGCCACAGAUAAAGAUGUAUUGCCAUGGGUGCAGAAAUAUCAACGUAGCAGAGAGACAGUGUCUGAGACAGACUAUCAGGUUGAUUUGAUCACUGCUCUUACAAAAAUGAGUUGCUUGGGCCAACAAAUCAACUUCGAAGCAUAUACAUAUCCUGUCAGGAAACUUGAUCUGACCAAACUCAAACUGUAAAAAGAACACAACUGCUACUUCAGACAUAUGGUGAAUUCCGCGGAGAAACACAGAGUUCAUCCCCAAUGGUAGAGUUUUCAGUCGUAAAUCGUACUCAUGGAACAUAGUCAAGUGAAUUUUUUGUAUUGACAAAUGACAAGUACCACUGAUAUCUUAAUACUAUAAGUAUAUAUGUGAAAUGUAUCUGCAUUUCCUUCUUCCCAAUUGUGCUGUUUUUUUAUUUAAUUUGAAGAAAUACAACACUAAACUUUCCUUC